AUGAAUUGCAAACCUCAGGCAUCUGCUCUUCAGUUUGAGAGCAAAGGCAGCCAGGCCAGAAAUGUAAAUUGCUUUCUGGUCAGGCACACCCCUCACCCUAGGAGAGUCUGCCACAUCAAAGGUUUGAAUAAUAUUCCAAUCUGCACUGUGAAUGAUGAUGAGAUUGCACUGAGAACCUUGUGGGGUGUUGGCCGGAGUAACCACACAGAGAAAGAAGAGAAACCAGUUGCCAAGUACAGUGAGCCACUCAGUACCACAGUCCAGGAGAUCCCUGGCAGAGGAGUUUCAGGAGUAUCACCUGCCCCAAACUGGGUCAAAGUGCCCUCACGGCCUCAUUCUGAGCCCAGUAGAAAAAUCAAAGAGUGCUUCAAAACUUCCAGUGAGAAUCCCUUAGUAAUCAAACAGGAAGAAAGUAAGGUCACAAAGCCACCAUCACCCCCAAGGGUGUACUCCGCUGCUGGAUCCUGUUCCUCUGAGGUGAUGCCUACCAAGGUGGAAGUCAAAGAGAGCACCGUUCGCAUACCUAACUAUCUGGACCAGGAAAUAAAAAUCCUGGCAAAGCUCUGUGACAUUUUACAUACGGAUUCUCUGGCAGAAGUUCUCCAGUGGCUGCUUCAUGCAAAUACAAAAGAAAAAGAGUGGGUCUCAGCCGUGAUUCAUUCUGAGCUGGCUGAGGUGAACUUGUUGCCUCAUCACAGAAGAAAUACCAUGGUUGAACCAGCCACAGAGAAUGGGAGGCCAAAGAUGGUUAAAUCACCCUCAAAUUCACCUGCAAAACCAAAAGUGCUGACCAGACCUAGCGAAACACAUCAACCAACCAGGGUGUUAAAUCAAGGACCUGAAGGAAAUAAGGAAGCAUCAAAAGGGGCUGAGAGUAAGUCCCAGUUAUUUAUAAGAAGAAGUAAGAUGAAAAUUCCAGUUGUUGAAUAUUUCAGCAAGCCCAAGUCUCCUCCCAGGCCUAACACUCAGGACGGUGGAUCAAUAAAACUAGGGUCAGCAAGGAGUGUACAACAAGGAUACAACAUCUGUCCCCAAAGAGCAUCUUACCCUUGA